AUGACAACAUCUCUUAAGGUUACGGCAAAGGAAUUGCGAGAAACGGCACUGCAGUUAGCAGAGGCACAUGGACUGCUACCAGAUGAGUUACCAAGCCGCACUGAGGCUUUGUUACUACUAGCUGUUGCAGCACUUAAAGAGAUCGAGGCGGAUGAGUCUUCAUCAUCGGAGAUUGCGACUGAUGCGAAGAGCGCAAGACACAUUCUGCGUUCACACCUACCGCGUAAAAAGCGAGAACGAGUAGAUGAACUCCCUGACGAACAUGACACUACGGAUAGUAAUAAUAAUAAUAAUAAUAAUAAUAAUAAUAAUAAUAAGAAUAAUAAGAGUGACAAGAAAGAAGAGGAUGACGUUGAUCUUGGACAGUACGCCAAUACGGAUGUGUUUGAUGGAAAUACGAAGAAACGUGCCAAGUUUGCUCGCCUAAUGGGAGGUGGGAAACACGAGGGAACACAUCACAACACUUUUGCGGCGGAUAAAAGUACAUUAAAAUCCAUCAAUGGUGCACUCGAGGAACAAUUCAACAAUGCUAUUACUAGACAUGGGAAAAAAGGACUUGGUGCGUAA